AUGCCACCUUAUAUGCCUGCGUUGCGCAUCCCAGCACAGCUCUCGCAUCUUUUCCAAAUCAAAGAUGCUGACGACCACCCUCAACAUGGACCGUCCUGUUGGGGUCUUUCGGAUAACAACUCACAAACAAAUUCUAACUCUAACUCUAACAACAACAACUCAAUAGAAGACCACGACAAUGAUCAAUACUACUCAUCCUCUGAAUAUGAUGGCUCUUGUGAUGAUAACCUCUUCCAUAAAUCCUUAUCCAAAUCCAUAUCUUCGUCGUCAUCGUCUUGCUCGUCGUCUCCUCUCGGCUAUUUUCUCACCACCACCUCUUCCUCCUCGCCAACCUCGUCUAAUCUCGAUACUACUACUACUACUACUACUACUACUACUCUUCCAGCUACCCAGAAACCCUCUUCCGCAGGCUCCUUUUCUGCCACCGCAUCCCAACGGUUCUCAACGCUCAACAGUAUUCUGAAAACUGUCGUCUUCCCUGGAUCCCGCACCACUACAGAAUACGCAGGUGCCGCCGCUUUCUCCUCCUCUUCGGCUGAUGACUCCGACGGCUCCAACGACUCCGACUCUGACUCGGACCUAGAAAACAUUGGCAAAUUCUUGCCUUUGUACCGUCGGCUAUCGGCAAUGACUAAUGGCGAAACUACUUUUUCUAAACACUCUUCAACAUCUCAUUCAAAACAUGAUCGUCCUGAUCAUUCUGCCACAUCAACAACACUUAGUACUUCCCUGGUACCAAAUGCUGAAUCAUCAACUUCCUCCUCUUCUUCACACCCAGAAAGCGAUGACGCUGAUGCUGAAGACGAAGACUCGGACGACGCUGCCGAUUUCGCUGACGAUGAAUGCUCUGAUAAAUGGCCUGCUCUUCAACGAUACAUGAAACACUUCAACGAGUCAUGGAACGCCAUGCGCACAGCUUCUGUUGGCGACACUGUAAACACAUUAAAAACAGUUCACAGCAUAUGUCUCGAGGAAGUCAUGUCUACCAACAAUAAUAAUAAUAAUAAUAAUAAUAAUGCAUUAAACUCAAACAUGGCCCAGACUCCUGUUGGUGGUGAGCCUUCUGGAAUCACGCGCGCUAUCCAACCUACUGUGUGUCCUCCUGUCUCGCCUGUUUCUGCCCCCGUGACAGCUAGACUCCUACGUAGCUUGGAUGCCUUUUUUGGUGCGGCACGCGAUGCUAGUCCUAACACUAGAAGCAACGCAGGUGAAAAAUGUGACAACACUAGCAACAUUCCAACACAAACAACAACAGCUAAUAAUACAGCCAAAAGGGCCUCGCGCAAACUUCGCCGUGGCCACCAUCACCACCGUCACCACCGUUCUCAUAGCCAUGUUCAUCAUACUCAACAUUGCACUGUCGCUCAACUGUUUGAUGAAAAUGCAGUACGUAAACAAAUCCGUGAGAUUCAAAAACUCAAACUUCCUGAUAAAGAGCGCGACCGUCGUAUCCAGAAACUCAUGACAGCAAACUAUUACCGUGCUACUCAUCCUGACAGGCCCUCAGAUGAUGAUGAUGAUGAUGAUGAUUACGAAGAGGAAGACGAUGAAGAAGUAGACGACGAUGACGACGACGAAGAAGAAGAAGGAGAAGGAGAAUCUUCCUCAACUCUCAUGGUCACCGAUGCAGACCGUACACCCACAUACUGUCCUGGGUCCGACGAUGAUGUUCUUGGCUGCGAACAUUACCAACGUGGUUGCAAGGUCGAGUGUUCGACUUGUAAAAAAUGGUAUACAUGUCGACUUUGUCACGACGCUGCGGAACCUUCCCAUACUCUUGUGCGGCCCGAGACGCGGCACAUGCUAUGCAUGCACUGCGGGGUAGCUCAGCAGGCGGCCCAGGAUUGUGCUCAUUGCGGGGAAACCAUGGCACGCUACUUUUGCUUGAAAUGUAAACUAUGGGACGACGAAUGCGGUAAGGCCAUUUACCACUGUGAUGACUGUGGGCUGUGUCGCAUUGGUGAAGGCCUGGGCAAGGACUUUUUCCAUUGCAAAACGUGUAACGUAUGUAUGUCCAUUACGCUCCAGGACCAGCACCGGUGCAUUGAGCAUUCUACUGAAUGUGGAUGUCCCAUCUGUGGCGAGUAUAUGUUUACCUCUACAGAAACAGUAGUUUUUAUGCUAUGCGGACACUCCAUCCAUCAAAAGUGUUACCAGCAACAUACGAAAACGUCCUACAAGUGUCCCACAUGCUCACGCUCUGUGGUUAAUAUGGCUGCUCAGUUCCGCAUUCUUGACAAUGAAAUUGAAAACCAGCCAAUGCCAGAACCUUACUCGACCUGGCGCUCCAUCAUUGUAUGCAAUGACUGUCAGGCAAAAUCCAACGUACCGUUCCAUUUCCUAGGACUUAAGUGUGCCAACUGUGGAUCUUACAACACGUCACAGCAUAAAUUGCUCAAACCAGAUGGAGAAAAUGAUGAGGGGGACCAGGAAGUGACUAGCGAGGAAAGCGCACGUGCUCAACAACAGCAACAGCAGCAACAACAACAACAACAACAACAAUUGCUACAGGCAUCAUCUGCAUCAUUUGCUUUCCCAACUUACCGUGAUGGUAGCACAACCAAUAUCAAUGCUUAUACCGAAGAUGACGAAGAAGAAGAAGAGGAAGAAGAUGACGCUUGUGAUGACUUUUUCCAUGAUGUGGAGGAGGGCCUGUGCCCAGAAACUAACGAUGAAGAUGAUGAUAGUGCAUUUUGUGAGCUCAUUCCGCGGGUCGGACUCUUGCACUUUAAUUGA